AUGCACUCCUUUCUUCUGGCGAUGUCCCUCGCCGGUCUGACCAGCGCAAUGGAUAUUGAAUACAUCGAAAAACGAUCUGGUGGCUACUCUCCCUACUACGAAGCCGUCAAUGAUGAUCUGGCACGCUAUUCACUCCUCGCCCUUGGAUGUGCUGCCGCCGCUUAUUACAUCUGGCAGCUCGCCUUCCGCUUCUCUCGCCAUCUUCGACGCCUGGCAAGCUUCACCGAUGACCGACAACGGUACUUCGUCUCUACACACAACACCUUUGCCUGGAUCAAGGACCAUAUCAUAUACGCUGCGUUGUUCCGCAACCGACACAACCGUGAACUCCAGCUCUCAUCGGCUCUUAACAUGGGUACUUUGCCUAGCCGCUUCCACGCCUUCCUUGUCACCGGCGUUAUCGCCAUGAACGUCACGCUCUGCUGUGUGACAACCCCUUAUGGAUCCGAGUCAGACACCCUUGCUGGUGUGAUCCGUAACCGCACUGGAGUUAUGGCAACGGUGAACUUGAUCCCAUUGAUCUUGAUGGCCGGCCGUAGCAACCCCCUCAUUGCUAUGCUCCAUGUGCCUUUCGAUACAUGGAAUCUGCUCCACCGAUGGCUCGGCCGCAUCGUGGUGCUGGAGAGUCUUGCGCAUGUGUUUGCAUGGGCUAUCCCCAAAGCCAACGAGAAAGGCUGGAGUGUUGUCGGAAUGGCUCUGAGUAGUAGCAACUUUUUGCUGACCGGCUUGGUAGCCGCUUGUGCAUUCACUGCGCUCUUGCUGCACUCGCCCUCGCCUAUUCGCCAUGCAUUCUAUGAGACAUUCCUCCACUUGCACAUUGUCAUUGCAGCCCUUUCCAUGGGCUUCCUUUGGGUUCAUCUCAACAACCUACCAGCGCAAACCUAUCUGCUUGCAUCCAUCAUCCUCUGGGCCCUCGAGCGAGCUACCCGCUUCUUAAUCAUUGUGUACCGCAACUGCGGCCGUGAAUCCACAACCGCAACCAUCGAGGCCAUGCACGGCGACGCAAUGCGCAUUACCCUGCGCAUAGCCCGCCCCUGGACCUUCCGCCCGGGCCAGCACAUCUACCUUUACAUCCCAUCAGUGGGCUUGUGGACCUCGCACCCAUUCUCCGUUGGCUGGAGCGAAGCUGAAGACAGCAAUACCGACGAGAAAUCACUCCCACUCACAAGCAAAGACAUCCUCAGCGCACCCCAAAAAGAAACCAUCUCUCUUCUCGUUCGCCGCCGCACCGGAAUGACCGACAAGCUCUUCCAGCGUGCUGCAAACUCCCCGACCUCACAGAUUACCCUCCGCGCCUUUGCCGAGGGCCCAUAUGGUAACAUCCACACCAUGGACUCAUACGGUACUGUGAUGCUCUUCGCCGGCGGAGUCGGUAUCACCCACCACGUUCCCUUUGUGCGCCACCUGGUUGCUGGGUUCGCGAACGGCACUGUCGCUGCCCGCCGCGUCACACUCGUCUGGAUCAUCCAGUCGCCCGAACACCUGGAGUGGAUCCGGCCCUGGAUGACCAGUAUCUUGGCGAUGGAUCGCCGCCGUGAAGUCCUGCGCAUCAUGCUCUUUGUUACGCGGCCGCGCAACACCAAGGAGAUCCAGAGUCCCUCUGCGACUGUACAGAUGUUCCCUGGUCGUCCCAAUAUUGAUACGCUGGUCGGCAUGGAGGUCGAGAAUCAAGUUGGCGCCAUGGGUGUGCUUGUCUGUGGCAAUGGCGGUCUGAGUGAUGACGUUCGCCGUGUUUGUCGCAAGAGACAGUCCCAGUCCAGCGUUGAUUAUGUGGAAGAGAGUUUCUCUUGGUAG